AUUCCACCUCUGUGCAAUAUAUCCCACUCUCACACUCUUUUCAGAUCCCUUCAAACCUUCAUCUUCUUCCUCCUUCCCUUCUUUUUUCUAUUUUUUUUAUUUUUCCUCUGGCGCUUUUAACACAUUGCUACUAAACAAACCCCAACUCGAAGAAAAGAAGAACAAUCUGUUCCAUCACAAGCUUUUUCUCCUGCCCCAAACGGUUUCAAUUUUUGUUUUCUGGGGAGAUCUGGUUGAUCCGAUCCACUUGGGGUUGGUAACCGCGUAACGACGCCGUUUUGUGUUUAGGUUUUUGGACUCGUUUUCUGAAACCUCGUACAAAACAUCCUCGGAAUCGUUUGAUGUUACAAAUGGAGACGCUCGUGGUUGUGGCGCAGCAUAGGAACCAAUGUUACACCAGGUCGAAAUCCCAACGCCACGCUGAGUUUGGUUCCUCUUCACCCUCCAAUGACUUUAGGGGCAUAAAUUGCAGAACUUUUCAAACGGGGUGUGGUAUUCUACCAACCCCACUCAAACGCCCCAAAACGCCGUUAACUCCUUCAAACCCUAACAAAACCCGUUGCAAAACCACUCCCAGUAGUGCCCCGGUUCCCAUCAAUCGCAAGAAGGAGAAGAAGGGUUUCAAUGUUGUUCCUGAUGGGGGUAUUUUGCUCUCUGAACUUUGGGCCGGGCCCACUUACUCGAAUUCACCACCGCCUAGUUCGUUGCCUAUUCCGAAAUUUUCAGUGAGGCCUAAGAGGAGUGUGUCACUUGAUUUCCCUGGUUCUUGCCCUGAAGUAGAGAUGCAGUUACGUGCUAACUCUGCGCCUUCCUCCCCUCGUUGGGAGCAUUCCCCUUUUGCCAGAGAUGAUGGUCUCUUUGUUUCGGCGACGAACACACUGCGUCGCAUCCUUAAUCUUAAUUUGGAUGAUGAAUGAGACAGGAGGAGCAAGAGGCUCCUGUACAUAAAAAAAAGUGCUUUUGGUUUAUGAAAUUUGGGUUAGUGUUAGAUUAGGUGUGUAUAGAAUGACCAAAUAAAAGCAUGUAGUUUUAGUUUGUGUAGCUUUCAGUAUGGUGGUGGUACCCUUGACAAUGGUGAUUGAUGAUCAUGGUUGGAGAUCAUGGAAAUGUUAGGCUCUUUUGGGAGCAGGGUUUGUUUUGUGACAUGGAUGAAUGGGGUUGGGAAGCUGAAUGGUUUGGUAACGGGUUGGAGUGGCACAGAAUAGACUUGGAUGAUAGUGAAGAAAGUUGUUAAUUAUAUAUUAUUCAAGAUGAAUACAGAGUUCAUGAUCUGUAGUAGUUCAUAGUACCUUCUCCUCACAGAAGAAUGAUUAUACCUUCUUUUUAGUCUAGUAACUUAGUACAUACUGUAGAUUGUAGAAUCCUUGCUCUUAGAAAAGCCUAUAGAGCUCAACUCUUUGGUCCUUUUCCCGGAACCCUUCAAAUUUUCUUUUUCAUAUAAGUUAUUACCAUAAUCUAUUAUCCUUCUAUUCUGGUCUUGUAGAUGGUCCACUAUAUACUGGCUUGUAGUUACUCCUUUGCUUAAUGAUCCCUCCUUCUUCUUUCUUAAUCUAUAUCUUGUUUUUCUUUGUAAAGUUUUCAUUUCUUAGUUGGCUUCUGAGAGGGCAUGGUUUGUCCCUACACCAUCUUUUCAGUUUUUUACAAAGAAAAGUUGGAAGGGGCUCGGUUAUAUAAUCUUUUGUUUCUAAGUUCUGACUCCUUUAGUUUUUAUGGUUAAUCUGUGUCACACAACCUGUUAGCAACCCCCCCCCCCCCCCCAAAUGUUUUCCAUUUUAGCCUUUAGUUAAUGCUUCUUUCCAUAGUCGUCUUCACCUUGCUUGUCCUUGAUGAAGAGUGUUGACCAUUCUAUGCCAAAAUUGAGGGAGGUAAAACUGUACCGAGGCUGUUUUGUUCGAAAGAUGUGGUCAUGAUCAUGAUCUUCUAGGUAGUUUGCAAGUUUGUUUUACUUCAUGAAGUCCAUUUGUGGGUCGUAGCUUGUGUUUCUUUCUUUUUGAGUUUCUGUAACUAGUGGAACUUGUAUGGUCUGCUGAAAUAAAUUAUCGAUGACUAUUAGUAGCUAGAACUACUCCUAUGUUUUAUCUGAAGUGUAUGAGUUGGUGGAACUUCUGUAACUGUUUUACUAAUUUAUAUUUCGUUUUUUCUGAUCUAUGACAGCAGCAUUUUGAAGUA